AACCGCUAGCCUUAUCAAAGGGUCGAUUCUCAGUGCGUAAGUUGUGAAAAUCACGUAACAGUAUGUGAGUCAGUAAAUCGAUUGCGCACGCGCAGUCCAUUCACUAACUGCAACGGGAAAGGAACGUGAAAGGGACGGGAAAGGAAUCACAUAUAAUUUCAGUGAUUAUUUCACGUGAGAUCUACACCAUGUGUGUUUCAAGUGGUCCAUGUGUUUGCCUGAUGUGCUUACUGUAUUAUGGUUGGCAGGCAAAAGCUGACACACCAAACAUAAGUGCUCAGAUAUCUAAACUUACAGACAGCAUUGAUGCCACUGAAGAUUCAAAAGAAUUUUAUUUCAUGGAGAAAGACUUCUUUUUGAUGAAAUUGAUGACAAAAUAUGGAAAUGGAAGAGAGAUAACUUUUGAGGGAUUUGAACACAUGUUACACAACCUUGGUCUUGGUGGCAUUUUUAAGUUUGAUCAUGACCACCCAGAUGAUCAUGACCACUCCAAUAAACAUGACCACACAGGUGAUCAUGACCACAUAGAUGAACAUGACCACACAGAAGAACAUGACCACACAGAUGAUCAUGACCACACAGAAGAACAUGACCACACAGAAGAACAUGACCAUUCACAUGAUCAUGACCACAUAGAUGAUCAUGACCACUCCAAUAAACAUGACCACUCACAAGAUCAUGACCACAUAGAUGAACAUGACCACACAGAAGAACAUAACCACACAGAUGAACAUGACCACUCACAUGAACAUGAUCACACAGAAGAACAUGAUCACACAGAUGAUCAUGACCACAAAGAAGAACAUGACCACACAGAAGAACAUGACCACACAGAAGAACAUGACCACACAGAAGAUCAUGACCACUCACAUGAUCAUGACCACUCACAUGAUCUUGACCACAUAGAUGAACAUGAUCACACAGAAGAACAUAACCACACAGAUGAACAUGACCAUUCACAUGAUCAUGACCACAUAGAUGAUCAUGACCACUCCAAUAAACAUGACCACUCACAAGAUCAUGACCACAUAGAUGAACAUGACCACACAGAAGAACAUAACCACACAGAUGAACAUGACCACUCACAUGAACAUGAUCACACAGAAGAACAUGAUCACACAGAAGAACAUAACCACACAGAAGAACAUGACCAUUCACAUGAUCAUGACCACAUAGAAGAACAUGACCACAAUGAUGAACAUGACCACUCACAUGAUCAUGACCACUCACAUGAUCAUGACCACAUAGAUGAACAUGAUCACACAGAAGAACAUGACCACUCAGAUGAUCAUUACCACUCAGGUGAUCAUAACCACACAGAUGAUCAUGACCACAGCGAUGAUCAUGACCACACAGAAGAACAUGACCACUCCGAUGAACAUGACCACUCAGGUGAUCAUGACCACUCACAUGAUCAUGACCACAGCAAUGAUCAUGACCACAGCGAUGAUCAUAAUGAUACUAGCAAACAUGAUCACAACCAUAGUGUUCAAAAGAGAGAAACAGAUACUUCAGAAUGUCUGUCUACACACGACUUCUUGCAGAUAGUAGAUAUUGACAAAGGUGAAGUAAUAACUAAAGAUGUGUUUAAGGAACUUUGUCCAAGUAUUCUGUAUCAGAUAGAUGAAGAUUCUUGUCAUAGUUUCCAUGAUAAACGUACAGGAUUCCAUGGCAGUCAUAAUAGUGUCCAUGAUCACAGUGACCAUGAGCAUGCUCACACAACUGGUACAGAAAGUGCUACUGUAGAUAUAUCUAAUGUUCCUUUAAAAGUAUGGGGAUUCAGUUCAAUAGCAGUGAUUAUUAUCUCCCUUGUUGGGUUGCUUGGUGUGGCUGUUAUACCUAUUAUGCAGAAAGUAUUCUACAACCACAUGUUGCAGUUCCUUGUUGCCCUAGCUGUUGGAGCCAUGUCAGGAGAUGCACUCCUUCAUCUGUUUCCACAUGCAAUGGCUAGUGGACACAAUGGACAUGAUCACACACAUGGUGGAGGUCACUCUCAUGAUACAGGACCAAUUUAUAAAGGUCUAUGUGGCCUUCUAGGAAUUUAUUUCUUUUUCUUUACAGAGAGAUUGCUUACAAUAUUCACAGACUUUAAAAGGAAGAAAAAGCAAAAAAGAAAUCGUAGAAAAAAAUGUUUGAAAGAUGAGGAAAUGUUGAAGGUUGGAGAAAAACUUGCAGAUAGUGAAUGUGAUGGAAUCGUGAUGAGUAUCCACCCAAACAAAGCUCUUGGGGCAUAUGCGGAUGAAGUUCAUACAGAGCAUUGCACCAUCAGUUUUGAAAACACAGCAUCUGUCAGUCAUGAACAUGGUCAGAGGAAACCAGACUGUGUAGAGACAUGUGUUGAUGGCGAUGAAACAUCUUCAAUGAUUAACAAUUCUGUUAUUGUUAUGGCUUCACCAAAACACCAUGGGCAUGGACAUUCUCAUGGGAUAGAUGCUAUACCAAACUCUGUUGCUUCAGUAGCUUGGAUGGUCAUCCUUGGGGAUGGGAUACAUAAUUUUUGUGAUGGUCUGGCUAUUGGGGCUGCAUUUACUAACAGUAUCACUGGUGGAUUUAGCACCUCUGUUGCUGUAUUUUGUCAUGAGCUGCCACAUGAAAUAGGUGAUUUUGCAAUGUUAUUGAGAGCUGGUAUGUCACCAAAGCAAGCUAUUAUUUACAACUGUCUCUCAUCCAUCUUGUGUUUUGUUGGUAUGUUGAUUGGUGUGGCUGUUGGUAACCAAGAAGGAGCCACUCUAUGGGUAUUCACUUUGGUUGGAGGAAUGUUCCUAUACAUCGCUCUUGUGGAUAUGUUACCAGAGUUGUCGUCAGUGGACACAAAGAAGGGAGAGCAUCCAUUAUGUCAUCUUCUUCUACAGGGCGUAGGCAUGUGUACUGGAGCAGGGAUUAUGCUGACUAUAGCUCUCUUUGAGGAAGAUCUUCUGACAAUAAUGGAUUAAGUGAUGUAAACAAAACUACAACAUUCCAUAAUGUAAAAACUGGCAUCAUGUUAUUGAAUCUCAAGUGAAAGUAGUGAACUUUUUUUUUUGCUGAAAUUAGUUGAAAUAAAGUGGAUUUAUUAAUUAUCCUUAAAAGGACCUUGAAAUAAACAAUAAAGUUUAA